AGCUCGAGCACAAGAUCGAGAUGUGCCAAGACCCGGCAGAAAAGCAACGGCUGACCAGUCAGCUUGAGAGGAAGGAGCUCGUGCCUGACAAACACAGGGCCGAGGCAGAAAGCGCAAUUUGGACAGAAAAAACCUUGAGUCGUGAUCUGGUGGGGCACAGGGAGGCGAACAAACUCUUCUUUCUCGAUCGAUCGCUGUUUGAUCCAAUCAGCUCGUCACAAGCAGGGGUGCGUGUGCUGUACUGCCGAGAUUCCUUCAAUGAGCAGUGGCGUUUCCUUGACGACCGGGUGUGCAAGGCGGGGUGUCUGGGUUGGAUUCUAGGGCCUCCGGGGACGGGGAAGACGACGACGACGAUGUCCUUCAUGCAAUCGCGAGGCAUGGAGGAGGGAUGGAGGGUGAUAUGCUUUCGGCUGUGGAAGUGGGGAAUUGUCGAAUUCUUACAGGUUGAUGAUGGCGUAUUGAGAAAAUGUGAGAUGCCUGCCGACAAUGCGGGGGCUUGGAUACCGAAAUUUCUCAGAGAACGGGCACCGAGCGGGAAGAAGACUUUGGUGUCUAUAGAUGGUUACCGACAGGGGGAGCAAGCACAUGGAUUUGUGCUGAGUGCUUGCCUGUAUUGGGUUCAUCGUGAACUGGAGAAUCGGCGGCUUGUUAUCACAACGUCGAUGAGCUCUCGAGCAAAGAAGAGUUCCGAGCAAGAUGCGAAUGAGAAGGUCGAAGAAAUGAUGGUGUAUUCGUGGACAAUGGAAGAGUAUCUGGAAGCCUGUAGGUACGACGCGUUCUAUAAGAGUGUGGCUGAUGUGAUGAAAUGGAGCUUGGAUGAAGAAGAGGGAAGCAUGGAUGAAGGCGAGGGAAGCAUGGAUGAGACAGAACAAGAGAGAAGGUCGAGAGAAAUCGAGUCAAAGUAUCAGAUUGUAGGAGGCUCAUGCCGAUAUAUGUUUGAACGUAGGACAGAUGAAGCGAUCCAAGAACUCCGUGACGGGAUAGAGGCUGUUCCUGAUUUUGCGUCCCUGUUUGACAUGGGGAUGGGAGAGCGUGCAAACAAUGCUGUGAAUCGCCUGCAUGGGAAGUAUCGUGUCG